CACAAAAGUGAACCGUAUAUUCAACCCCAAGAUUGAUCAAUCCAGUCCACAAUGCAGUCUCCAUUCUCUUCACCGGCAAUCCCACCAGAUGCAGAUCUCAAUUCUUCUCACCUCCCUCUUGUUUCUCUCCGUCUCUUUCCCCUUCUCCCCCGCUCGAGGUUUCGAGCCAUCUCCAGUGCCGGUAUAUUUUGACGGAUCGCCGGUGGGAGGAUUUCCUGCUUUAGAGCCAGAUUCUAGUGGGAGUGGCGAUGGACUUUCUCCGUUGUCACCGGCAUUUGUGGAAUCUCCCCCUCCAGAGAUGGUAACGCCGGUGGGGAAUGAAGGAGCGGAGGACGUAGCUCCGGCGCCAAAGGAAGAUGGGAGUCAGAGCUUCGGCGAGAUCCCGCCGAGUAUUCCGGAGCCGGAAUACGCGGGAGAGGGGAUGGUGAGGUGGUGCGCUGUGAGAGAGAAGUAUGAGGACUGUCAGUUGCUCGUCAGUAUUUUGGGCCAAUCCGAUGGUUACACGUGGAAGUGUGUGAAAAAAGAGACCGUUGAAGAAUGUCUACACUCAAUCAAGGAAGGAAAAGCAGACAUAACGAACUUGGAGGCAGGGAUGGCUUACACUGCCUUCAUUAACCACUCAAUGAAAGCCAUUGCCAAUGAAGUACACUGCGACCGUGCCCACAGCUACGAAGCCGUCGCAGUUGUUAGCAGAAAAGCCUGCAUGGACAAGAAUGAAAUCAGCAUACUGGAUUUCAAGGGACGCAAAUCUUGCCACGGCGGCUACUCCACUGCCGCUGGAUGGAACUAUCCCAUUAACCAUGUAAAACAAGAGUCAUAUAAUUCAUCAAAAGGGAUGAAUGAACGAGAAAUUGCUACUAGCUUUUUCUCUGAGGUGUGUGCACCUUCCGAGUUUGCUGGAGCAGGGGUGUGUAGUGGUUGUAGCAAUGAGAAUGGUUCCUGCCAUCCAAGCAGCUUGUACUUGGGAGAUUCAGGAGCAUUUCGUUGCCUUGUGGAGGAAUUGGGGGAUAUUGCAUUUGUAAGGGGAGAUACUGCUCUGCUGUAUUCCAUGGAGGGGACUCAUAAUCAGUCUUGGUCCACCAAGUCAGUCAGGGACUUCAUGUACCUAUGUCCACAAGGGGGUUGCAGAGAAAUCAAUGGCUACCCUGGAUCUUGCUCAUUUGGAGCUGUUCCUGCAGAUGUGAUAAUGGCCAGCAAUUCCGUCCCAAAGAAAAAGAAAUUGCUGGUUUUGAAGACACUAACAAAUGUCACCUUGAUUGACGCUCUCAUCGCAGGAAGGAAUGGUGCUACUAAUUACCUUCUUAGUCCAAGUACUCAAGAACUAGCUGUAGUCAAGAAGCUCACAAGGUCUUACCUUGGAAAAUCAGCAUUAAUAUCAAAAAGCUUGCAAGAAUUUAGUAAUCCGGGUAAUGAAGCCGUCCGGUCUACAGUAAACUCAGUUACAGCAUCUCAGCCAUCUUCAUGCCAUCAGAAUUCACCGGUUAUCACAUUGUUCUCGGUGUUACUAGUACUCGUGGUACAAUUCAAUUGAUUCUGAUGCUAUACACUCCAUUGAGCUGAAGCUUGGAAUCUUUAUUGUUGCUUUCUGCUGCCAAGAAGGUAAACAUAAAGCCUGCAAUGGGAUUAACAAUGGAACUCUUGAAUAGCCGAACUCCGCUUAGAGUAUUUUUUGGUCAAUAAACUUUCUAAAAUCAA